AUGAUGUCAAUGAAUAGCAAACAGCCACACUUCGCCAUGCAUCCGAGCAUACCUGAACACAAAUACACCACUCUGCAUUCCAGCUCGGAAGCAAUAAGGAGAGCCUGUCUGCAAGCUCCACAGCUGCAGAGUAACAUAUUCGCCAGCCUGGAUGAGACUCUCCUGGCCCGCGCCGAAGCUCUGGCUGCCGUGGACAUCGCAGUGUCCCAGGGCAAGACGCACCCUUUCAAGCCGGACGCCACCUACCACACCAUGAACAGCGUGCCAUGCUCUUCCAACACCACGGUGCCACUGGCCCACCACCACCACCAUCACCACCACCACCACCACCCCAACAUGGAACCCCCGGACCUCAUGGACCACAUCAACUCCCCGUCCUUAGCUCUCAUGUCCAGCCACGACGGCUCCGGGGGCGGGGGUGGAGGAGGUGGUGGCGGGCUGAUCUCCACCUCUGCUCACCCUCACUCACACAUGCAUGGCUUGAGCCACCUCUCGCACCAGGCCGCCAUGAACAUGAAUUCCCCUCUCACCCACCACGGUCUUUUACCUGGACACCAUGGAGGGGGUCAGUGCGGGCCAGGACUCAAUAACAACGGCCUUUCCUCUAUCAAUGACUCGGACACGGAUCCCAGGGAGCUAGAGGCAUUCGCGGAGCGCUUCAAGCAGAGGCGGAUCAAGCUGGGGGUGACCCAGGCGGACGUUGGCAAUGCGCUGGUUAACCUGAAGAUACCCGGCGUGGGAUCGCUAAGCCAAAGCACCAUUUGUCGGUUCGAAUCGUUGACUCUGUCCCAUAACAACAUGAUAGCGCUUAAACCCAUCCUUCAGGCGUGGCUCGAGGAGGCCGAGGGUGCGCAGAGAGAGAAACUCAACAAACCUGACAUUUAUUGCGGAGGGGAAAAGAAACGGAAGAGAACGUCGAUAGCGGCACCGGAAAAGAGGUCUUUGGAGGCUUACUUCGCCGUACAACCUCGCCCGUCGUCCGAGAAGAUAGCCGCUAUCGCUGAAAAGUUGGACCUGAAAAAGAACGUGGUUCGAGUAUGGUUUUGCAACCAAAGACAGAAACAAAAACGGUUAAAAUUCUCCGCUUGCCACUGACUAUAGGCUAUUGAUGCGUUUCAAAAAAACAAGAGAAAUGUUAUUAAGACUGAAUUUGGGGACCAAGGUCUUCUUUUGUCGCCAACGGUUUUACAAACUUGGGUGCAAAAAAAAACAAUGACCAAUUAGAUAC